UUCUCCUUUAUAAAAGGGCCAAUAUCAACGUCAACAACUCAUUCUCUUUCUUAAUUUCUCUCUGACAUAUAUGUGUAAGAAUGGCCAAAACCAAGACAACACUUUUGUUUGCCAUCCUAUGCUUUGCCCUAAUUCUGGAGAUAAUGGAUCAGAUGCCUAGUGGAGGGCACUUCUUGGUUAAAGCAGAAGAUGAUCAUGAUGAUCAUGAUCAUGAUGACCAGGAUCAUCAGAAUCAUGGUGAAAAGAUUGAUUGCAAAUCCAAGUGUGAAUACCGGUGCAGCAAGACAAAAAGGCAUAAAAUGUGCAUGAGAGCAUGCAAUACAUGCUGCGAGAGGUGCAAUUGCGUCCCUCCUGGAACUUCUGGCAAUGAAGAUGUUUGCCCUUGCUAUGCCACCAUGACCACCCAUGGUGGUAAACACAAAUGCCCUUAAAUUAACUAAUUUAAUUAUUACCAUUUUUUAAUUAAUUUCUUUAAAUACUUAUUCAUAUAUAUAUAUAUAUAUAUAUGAAUGUUGUAAUAGAAUAAUGAUCAAGAGCCUCUGGACAUGAUCAUCAUCAUCAGUCUAGCUAGAAGAGCUUCAGGUGUUUUUGAAUAUUAUUUCUGGCUUGUAUAGCUUUCAUAUAUCAGUGUAAUUUUAAUUUCCUUCAAUCAAUUAAUGUUCAUUACAUGGGAAAUUAAUUCAAAAUUAUUGUAUAGCUCAUUCUAUUAUUUUCUUUAAUUUGU